UUCCACAAUGUAAUUCUUAAAGCAUAAUACAUACAUAACGUAUAUUUUCAUUAAAGGGUAGCAGCUCAAUUAAAUCAAACUGUGUUAAUCUGGGCAUAGCGUAUUUUUUUCCUCUAAGUUUUGACCUGGCAGUGUUCGUAUGCGAGACUUAUGACAAGCCUUAAUUACUCGGAUUUUUCAAUAGAGGAAGGUGAAAUCUUCGAAGACCGUCUUCCUUGGAAUGAUUUUAAGAUCAUAACACCACCUAUUUCAAAUUCGGAAGAAGGAAGCUCUUCAAUUCAUAAUGACUUGAUUGAAAGUGAUGGAGAACCCCCAGUUCAAAGAGUGCAAUUAUCUUCUGAGCACUUCGAAGACGAUGAAAGAAAAUAUUAUCAAACACAUAAAUUCAUCUUGCGAUUUCAUGAAACUAGUGUUUACAGAGAAUUUUAUGAAGACGAAGAUUCAGAUUUAUUAAACUCAAUACAACAGCAAACUGGUGUCCGCUUAAAACCUUCUGAAGAUUACAGCACUAUAUAUAUCUAUGCUACCGAACAUCAAUAUGGUGAACUAGCAUACAAGGCAUUAACUCUAUAUGAAGAGUUAGUAAAUAGCAAAAGAGAUGUACAGCCCGAAAAACAAAAGAAAAACACGGCAGAGGCCGAUUGGGUUCGGAAAUCACGAACAGUAUUCCCAAUACUGGAACAUAUGAGUAUUCAACAAACAGAGCAAUAUACUCGAGUUCUUAGACACUUUCUUAAAGAACCUGAUCCCUCUUUUUCAUUUGCUGUGGAGGGUACUUAUAUUUGGCCAUUUCAAGGUUUAAAAAUCCGUGAUGUGAUGGGUCCCAACUUGGACAGGUUUAAUGACAUACGUGUGGGAUGCCAUUGUUACAUCGGCCUUCUGGACUCUCAAACUGAUACGGUUGUUAUUGUAAAAGGAAAGCAACAAGAACAAGUGGAACAAGCCCUACAAGAGAUUGAAGCACUGUGUCUCUCUUUUGCUGCUUCGCAAAGACUCCUUAAAAAAACAUCCAUUCACAUAUGCCACUUGGAUAAGGAAACCUUCCACUGUUAUGUUUAUCUUAAUGACAAGCAUCCGUUACAAUUACAAUUAUUGAAGCAGAAUGUGAAAAUAGGAAUACCCUUAGGUGUUGUCCCUCACAAAAUGGUUGAGCCAUCGGUUUUAUCAACUUCCAUUACGGAGUUAAAUUUAAAAAAUGAAGCAAUCAUAGCCAAUCAUCUGAAAUUCUCUCUACUUAACAUUUUUGCUUUCCAUGGUCUGCUACAAAUGAGGGUGCAGCUUGGUAUUCCGUUCUUUUCUCGUAUUAAAAGAUUUCGUGAAGAACCAGCUGUAAAAAUAUCUGAAUUGAUCAAGGACGAAAGGAUCCAAUCUGCCUUUUGCUCGUAUGUUUUUCCCACCCUCAAUAUCCAGGCGCUCUAUGAUUCACUCCAAGAAGUUGAUUUCACUUCACUUGAUAUCCCUUUUGAAGAAAAAGAAAUGAGCAGCAUUCUGCGUGCUCAUUUUUUCUUACAGCAUAACGCCAAGACUUUUGAAGUCGUCGCCGAAUGGACAAAAUCGAAAGGGUCCCCCUCAAUUUGGUAUAAUGAUAGCAAAAAGAAAACUGCGAGCGAGCUCACACAUGUCAAUUUACGUAAUAUAUCUUGGAAAAUGGGUAUUAAAUAUGGUAAAGAAGGCACAAUACCUAAAGAAAUUAACGAUUUUAUGAUAAAUGUACAUUUAAGCCCCACUGGUGAGGUCUUUUUCUUUUGUGGAAUCAAUAGUCCCAAAGUCACAAAUAUCGUUUUCGAGAAAGUGAGACAAUUCUGGUUUCUUCCCUCGAAAGACUCCAUCAGCUUUUGUUUCAAAAAAGUUUGGAGUGCAAAUACAGACAUGAAUACGAUUGUCCAUCGUGUAGACAUCACGAAUAUCGAAUUCACCGGCUACGACAUUUUCUUUUGGAAUCCGAAAUGGGACAUCCUACUCAAGGAAAAUAAGGACAUACAAGCUGGCAAAUUGCCCACGUACAGACCCUGUCUUGAAGAAUUCUUUCCUGAAUCACUACCGAAGUUUUUGCAAAAGAUGGAUACUCUUGUCCAUUGCCUGGAGGCUCUGAAGAAGCACGUUAACAACAGGUCUAAUCAUUCAUAAAUUUUUAUUGAGCGUUCUAUAACGGAGAUGUUCGGAACAAUAAUAACAGCAUGUACAUUAACCGAUAAUUCUUCCACGUAGUGUUUGUACACACCAUGUUCCUUCGGACGAGUGUAAAAGGGUAUACUUGAUAAAUAAAACGAGUGCUUUGUAUAUCAUAUCUGAACAAAAAACACCAACCCUCAUAGAAAUAGCUCAUGCUCGCGUAAGAAA